ACAAUAUAAAACAAUAUUUUAAUCGGAGUAUAAGAGAUUAUUAGGCUGCCUGCCAAACGGUCCCAAAUUGUAGUGCUCAUCUGGUUGGGUUGGGUUGGUUCGGGCUGAGUUGGGUGGGCACCUCUCUCUCCAUCAACAAUCGUCGCUGUCUUCCCAAUUCCCCAAGAUUUAUCAUUUAGAAAAAGCAAUGGCAACAGGGGAAGAUGUUGAAUCAUCGAUUUUAAAGCCUCAGUUAAACCAAGAAAACAUAGGUCGGAAGGAAGAACUGGAACAUGACCAGUCCGAAGCUGAUGUUUUGCAAACAAAGCUUACGGAUGUAGAUGUGCCCACAGAUGGGUCUGGGGAAGAUGCAAAAAAGGAGUUGGAGGUUCUUUGGCGCAGGGUGAAAACUACAGCAACAUUGUUGACAUACUUGAGAUCAAGAGCAAGGAUCAUGGCAGUUCCCCACUUAGCUCAAACCUCCUGCGGUAUUAAACAAUUAGAUGGGGUAGGGAUUGUUGACAGAAAUGGUACACCAUUGUCCAGUUGGUCAAGGAAUGUUGAUCUUUCUUCAUUUGACAGUCUGGAUGUUGAAACAUGGAUUGGCAUUGGCAAUCAUCCUGGUGCACUUGAUGAACAAGAUGGCCUUUACAUUGGUGAGAUACUCAAGAGUGUACAGAUGGUCACAGAUGUAAUGGAGUCUCUUGUGAAAAGGAUUGUAAUGGCAGAAUCUGAAACUGCUAGUGAAAAAGAAAAGGUAACAAUAGGACAAGAAGAAAUAAAAAAGAAGGCUUUUCAAAUUGAUAACAUGUCCAGCAAGUUAGAUGAGAUGGAAAAAUUUGCAAUGGGCACAAAUGGAAUAUUGAUAGAAAUGAAGCAGAGGGUUGAGGAUUUGGUGGAAGAAACUUCUAGACAGAGGCAGCGGGCUACGGAAAAUGAGGAGGAGCUUUCACGAGUUAAGCAAGACUUUGAAUCUUUAAAAUCCUAUGUUAGUAGUCUCAUCAGCGUGAGAGAAACUCUUCUUUCAUCGGAGAAGCAGUUUCAAACUAUUGAGAAGCUUUUUGAACGGUUAGUCGCUAAAACAACACAGUUAGAGUGUGAGAAGGCGCAGAAAGAGACCGAGGUGCAAAAGCUUAUGGAUGAGAAUGUGAAAUUAAGUGCUCUGCUGGACAAAAAAGAGGCCCAACUGUUGGCCAUGAAUGAACAAUGCAAGGUAAUGGCCCUGAGUGCUUCUAACAUCUAGCUUUGGAGGCUUACUGUGUCAGUGUGCUUAAGUGAUUUCUGGUCUUAACCCUUGUGUGCUUGAACUCAGAUCGUGAGAAAGAUGUAAGAAAAGUAUGUACGUAAUUUUACAUCAUAUGUAUCAUGGAAGUCCGCAGCCAAACUUGUUAUGAAUUGGAAACCAUGUAGCCAUGUAGGAUCUGUUUGCUUCACUGUUGUGUGCCUAAUUUGUAAUCAGCCAAUAUGUUUGAGCUGCUGUGCUAGUUGGCAGCAGCAUGCAUUAACAACAGGAUGCAGAGCUGUGAUGAUGUUUUACCACAAGUCCACCUUGAAUUCCAACUUGAUGGUCAAUAUUGUGGUUUCUUGUGUUCA